UGUUUUCUAAACAUAAUACAGGCAAACGAACAAUUGAUACCAGCGAAGAUGAAGAAAAUAAAUUUCACGAUAUUUUAAUUGUAAUGGAACUUUUAACUAAUUUAUUAUCAAAAGAUUUUAUAGACUUCGGUCCACCUGAAGAAACACCUCAUACUAAUGGUCAGGUUGAAGGGGCGGAUGUAGUUAUGUAUGGUUUAAAUAUGUUAGUACCGUUAAUGUCUGCUGAAUUAUUAAAGUUUCCGUCUCUUUGCUCCCAGUAUUUUAAAUUAUUAACCUUCCUAACAGACAUCCAUCCAGAAAAAUUCACAUCUCUACCAGAAAAUUUAUUUAAAGCUUUAGUAACCUCUGUAGAACAUGGUCUGACAGCAUUUGGUCCCGAUAUAACCAAGAUGUGCCUUGAAAUUAUUACAUCGCUAGCUACCUAUGUGUUCGAAUCUAAUUUAACAGGUUCCGUUUUACAUACUACAAUGAGUCAUUUCUUAAAGCUUGUAUUUCAUAUGUUAUUAUUAGAAAGUUUUGAUAUGGAUCUGAUAGAAACAGCCAGCACAGCAUUGUUCUGUUUAAUAUGCUGUCAUCAGGAUCAUUAUCGUGAAUUAGUCAACCAGUUAUUACAGAGUCAGAUAGAAGAACAGUAUAAACAGCGCCUCCUAGUGGCCUUUAAUAAUCUCACGCCACCGACACUAACCAUGACCAUCAAUAGACAGAGUAAAAUCGCAUUUAUGCAAAACUUUGAUCAGUUUCUGGUGAAUGUUCGUGGUUUUCUGUGCAUUAAAUAGGUUAUUUAGAUUCUCCCGACUUGGAUUAGAAGCUGUGUUCAUGUGAAUUAAAUAGGUUGUUUAGAUUCCCUGGACUUGGAUCAGAAGCUGUGUUCAUGUGUAUUGAAUAGGUUGUUUAAAGUUGUAUACCAUACUUCGAUCUGGUUCUGGUGAAUGUUCGCGGCUUCGUAUGUAUUAAAGUUGUGUAUCAAAACUGUAACUUUGAUAGUUACAGGUCGCUUAAAGGGAUAUUUAACAACUUUAAUUGUUCACAGAGUGUUUAAAGCUGUUUCCCUAACUUUUACUUGAAUUGUUUACAGAUUGGUUAAAGCUGUAUACCCAAAUGUUCACCUGCAUUGUUCAGUGUUUAAAGCUGUAAUCCCAAACUUUGACUUGGAUUGUUCAGUGUUAAAGCUGUAUUCCCAAACUUUGACUUGGAUUGUUCAAUGUUUAAAGCUGUAUUCCCAAACUUUGACUUGGAUUGUUCAAUGUUUAAAGCUGUAUUCCCAAACUUUGAUUUAAGAUUGUUCAGAGAGUGUUUAAAGCUGUAUUCUCACCAGAUAGAAGCUAGUCAAUGUUGUGGAUUUGUUGGACAUUCUGCAUGACUUUUUGUGUGUGUAUUAAUUGACUUACAACUAAAUUCCAAAACUUUUUCCUCUAAUUUGGUCUGGGGGCUUUAUUCACAAAUAGUUUAACUAAAGUAUAUUAUGUAUGGUGUCUUUUCAUUGGUUGAUUGUUUGCUCUUGACCAAUCAAAAACAGUAUCCUUGAAAUAUAUUGGUUUUAGUUUUAUUGAAUAAAGCCCUUUGUCACAUCGCAAGGAAAGUGGUGGUAAAAAUAUUACAUGUUCUGCUUAAGGCUUUAUUCCCAAAUGGCAUCUUAAAGUUGUAUUCCCUCUAAUUUUAUCAAGUUAAAUUGAGGGAAAAUAUUUUAUUUAUAAUGCUUAGCUUACAUGUGUGGACAAAUUUCAAAUCCGUUAAAGAUAUUUGAGUCAUUGUCUUAAAUAUUGAAGCUAAUGCCGGAGUAUUUAAAGUGUCUUGUCGACAGUAAAUGAUUCGGAUAUAACAACAUGUUCUAUAUUCUCAGGCAAUAUCUAACUUAAUUGACAGGGUUAGUGAUUCCCCAGUUGUACGUGACAAGGAAUAGGGUUGCCUAUCCAACCAUGUGGGUUUUCUCCCACUGCUAAAGACCCUUACGCGUUAGCGAAUUAUUGAAAUAAGAUUGAACCAUAUGUUAGUCCCGAAAUAACCUAGUUUGUGUCGAGUGGACGUUAAACCCCAUUUCCCUCUCUCUCUCUCUCUGCCGGGGGUUGGGUGGCUGAAUGGUUUAAUGCUGUAGAUCAUAAAGUCUGUGGCAUGGUUUCGAUUUGCCGCUUGACAAGGACUAGGUUGUUUGUCCAACCUUGUAGGUUUUCUCCAUGACAUGUAUAUAUAGUAAUACAAGAUUCGUAUCUCCACCAGUUAUAGCAAUAUUGUGAUAGGAGCAACCAUGGUCUUCAUUAUUUACACAAUCUAAUUAAAACACAGAUCCUAUUUCAUUUUACUUGUCUUUACUACACCAGGAUCUGGAAGAGUUGUUAUAUAACCUGUUUUCUGGAUGAUUUGGGGGAUUAGCCAAUGAAACCGUCUGUUAUGGCGAGUUUCUGGCGUGUGGUGUACGGAACUGUGGGUAAUCCACUAGAAACAUCAAUGCAGAUUGGUUAAUCAAAUGUCUGAGGUCAUAGGGUCAAAAGCCAUCCUGACCUCUGAUGCUAUCUCCAAAAUCAACUGGUCAGAUCUUCUUGUAGUGUAGGUCAUCGAAAGUAUAAAAACAUGAAAUGAAAUAUAGAUCUGUAUUUUAAUCUGAUUGUUAUUUGCACUGCACAAUCUGGAGCACUCGGCAAUCCUCAACAGAUUCCAGUACCCUACAUCAGCCUCGGCUGUAUGAGAAGUCCGCCAUUGAAACUACUUUCAAGUUCCCGGAUUACCAACGGCGUUGCCCAUGACGACGCCUUUGAGAACUAUUUUAUCAUACAAAGACUUCAAAGUCUGAAGCUGUUUUUCUUUCAAGUUUAUCCGAUUUUCUUUAGACAAUGACAAGUUUGCACUGAAAAUUUUACACACUCUGACGCAAUUGUGAGAACUUCUUUCUUAACGUGGCAAAUUUUCCUAAUAAGUAAACAGAUGCCGCAUCACAAUUUUAUAGGUGUAGGUACAUAUCACUUACCGUCAUACAGCCGAGGCUAGAUGUAGGGUACUGGAAUCUGCCGAGGUUUGCUGAGUGAAUCUGGAGAAAAAUAAGUGUGAAAAUUGUUCGCCUAGAUGCAUUAGCCAAAUUUUUCUAUAACAAAUUUACGUUUAUUUGCACUCAAGAACUGCUUAUCUACCAAUGCAAUUUAGUCUCCAGAAAAGAAAAAAAAAUCAAAAUCUGCAAUUUUAAUUUUAGCCAAAUUUUUUUUUACAAUUCACUUGCACUCCAUGAUAACUCUUGCACUAGUCUCGGUCACCCAGAACCUCCUAGACUUCGAUGUACGGAGAGUCUGGGACCGUUGUCAAUAUCUUUCUGGAUGAUAGAGACUACUCUUGCACCAAUUUAGCCAUUAAAAAUUUAAAAGUUGAAAUUGGUGAAUUGGUUUUAUGAAACAGAUAAUUUGCAAAAAUAAUUUGAUUUGUCAUAGGCAAUUUUGAAGUCACUGUAUAAAUUUAUUUGAACUAAGUCACAUCACCUUUUAUUUGCACCUUACCUAGAAAAUGAAAAUAUUUUAGAUGGCUUAGAUAAAGCUGUACAACACUGUAAAUAAGAACACUGGCACCAGAUAAAACCGGGUAUAUUUUCACAUAUAUAUAUAUUUAUAUGUUUUGAUAAGUAUAGGAUAUAUUAGUCUUAGUACACCGGAUAGAACAAUUAACUCUAGCACAUACUUAUAGAAAAACAGGGGGGUUGGAUGGCUGAAUGGUUAGCGUGCGCGGGUUGUAUCAUACAGUCUGUCAUUGAGUCGACUGGCGUGGUUUCAAAUCCCGGGUUGUACGUGGCAAGGAGUUGGGUCGCCUGUCCAACCUCGUGGGUUUUCUCCUGGUCCUCCGGUUUCCUCCCACUGCUAAAGACCCCUAAGCGCAAGCGAAUUAUGUAAAUAAAAUUAAACCAUAUGUUAGUCCCGAAAUGACCUAGUUUGUGUCGAGUGGACGUUAAACCCCAUUUCUCUCUCUCUCCCUCAACCUUUUUUUUUGCCAACGGAACACCUUGGAACACAAUGAAAAAAUAACGGCACACCUGGCUAAAUAUAUAUUUGAGAAAUAUCUGAAUUUUGCAAAAUAAAAACAUGUUAAGUUAGACGGCAUACAACCGUUGAGUGGACGUUAAACCCAUCUUAAAACACUAUGAUAUUAUGUAGUAUUCAUUUAUAGUUGGCCAUUGCAAUAAAACCCCAAUAUAUUGAUUGUGAAACAUACCUACACUGUUAUAAAUUUAGGGACCCUCGGAUGAUAGGGCCUACAGUUCUUCAAUAAGCAUGUGUUGUAGUUAAUUGAUAAGAUUGAUAAGUGAUAUAUGCAGGACACAUUUCUUACAGAAUACGGUAAACGUCGCUCAGUAAUAAAUAGUAAUUGUCCAAUGGGUGCGAAUUUGAAAAAUAUUUAAGACGUUUUUAUCAAACAUUGAUUAGUUAAAGUGAUUUGCAUUCAAUCAAAUUUUCACCUUUAACGUCCAUCUAAUUCAAAUGAAUUACCUUAAUUAAAGAAUUUAUCGACACCGAUUUUCAGAGCUAUUACCACAAAUCGCCAAAUACCUCUAGAUGCGUUUUGAUAGGGUGAUUACAUGGUUUUUUUUUCCAACUAUGUCCAGCAUUUAACGAACUCGCCAAAGUACUUUGAAAUCGACUAUACCAGUGAUUCUCAACUAGUGUGCCACGGCACACAGUUGUGCCGCGAGAUCUUCCUAAGUGUGCCGUGAAAUUUGAAAAUGCGAAAAAUCACGUGAUCCUUAUUGAGUAUUCACUGAUGUUUUCUGGUAAGUUCAUAGCUGUGUUUUUGUUUAUUUAGUUUGAGUCAUUCUAUGUGUCUAUGACUAGUCUUUGUCAAUGUUUUGCAUGUCGUCUAUGACUUGAUAUGUUUUUAUUUUGCAAAAUUCAAAUAUUUUUCAUAUAUAUUUAGCCAGGUGUUCCGCUAUUUUUUCAUGUGAUCUAAGGUGUGCCGUGGGCAAGAAAAGGUUGAGAACCACUGGACUAUACUGUCACAUGACAUCUCCACUAAAUUCAAAUCGAUUUGGCAAGCCGAUAAAAAAAUCUUUAGGAAUUGAACAGAAAAAUACGGCCUUUAAAAAAAGUAACUGUAGUUCAUAAAAUUGUGUCCUGUGUAGGCCACGCCCAAAAAUAAACAAAAGGUAAUUUAAAAUACAGAAAAAUAAUUUGAAAGAACUUUUAUUAUUUUUGAAAGGUUCAGCUCAUAACUUAAGGAUACAAGAAAACUCGUGUUUUGAGAUCUGUUUGGUGAAAUGAGUCACUACUCAUUUAUGCCAAAAGAUUGAUUUUGGAAUUAGUUUGUGAAGCAAGUACCAACAAGAUUACAAAUUUGUCAUUCUAGUAGUUUGUGAAGCAAGUACCAACAAGAUUACAAAUUUGUCAUUCUCGUUCGCACUAUCCCAACAGUUCUCUGCUCGAGGGAAUUUUACAGACUUUAAAAUCAAGGUAACAGUCAUGAUAUUUCAAGAUAUAGAUAAAGAGCUAGCCGUUCUUGCAAUAUCAGUUCAAAAGGAAUAUAUUGAACAUUUCAUUUAAAUUACUUCAUUCUGAGCCAGGUUAUGACUCUAACGAAUUCCGUAGUCUCGAUGUUCAUUGCUACCGUUUUUGCAUGAUAAACAAAGUCUCGAUUAUCUAGUUUUAAUUAUAUUAUUAAAUGACAGCCUUAUUUUAAUUCGGUCAAAAUCGGCGCCAUCGGAUGCUUUAGCGAGUUGAUUAUAGGUUGUUAUGUGAAUUAAUAUCUAAUUAAUAAUUUCUAUAACAUUUGAGGACAACAGAAAAAUCUGCAUUUGGCAGAUUUAGCUCUUACAUAAUGCAUCUAUAAUCUCGACCUAUUGUAACUCUAUAUACACCAUUUUGUUCAGACCGUUGUAACUUAAUGGUAGAGACAGGUUGAGCUGGAGCGAACGAGGGCAAAAACAUUUCUGAAAUGUUUUUGGUAUUUUUAAGGACACAGUUUGAUUACACCACAUGUAUAUAUAGCGCACGAGCGAAUUCAGUCUGAUUAAAACACAGAUCCUAUUUCGUUUCGUUUUUUUUAGUUCAAAAUUUCGUUUUACUUGGCUUUACUACACUGGGAUCUGGAAGACUUGUUAUAUAACAUGCGUUCUGUGAGGAAUUAGCCAAUGAAACAGUCUGUUAGGGUGAGUUCUUGGCGUUCUGUGCACGGAACUGUUGGUAAACCACUAGUAAACGUCAACGCUGAAUGAUUAAUCAAUGCCUGACGUCAUGGCCAAAAGCCGGUCGUAUGACACGACCUUCCACUACAACCGAUCAGAUCUUCAUGUAGUGUAGGUCAUCAUGUAGUGUAGGUCAUCGAAAGUAUAAAAAACGAAACGAAAUAUAGAUCUGUAUUUGAAUUAGAUUGAUGUGUAUAUAGAGCACAAGAAAAUAGAGAUUAAAGAGUUGUGGGGUUAUUUUUAAGAUAUAUUUUAUGACAAACUUUAUUAUUUUGUAUUAUAAAUAAAUUGUAAAUUAUUUUUUUCCAAAGACCCGGAUUAACAACUGCCUUGGUAUGGGUUGUAAUGCUAUUUCAUGCUUACGUCACCUCUGGUAAAAAGAGACUACCAUUAAAGGGCCAAUCUCGAUUAUAUUUUGAAGAAUAAAACUGCUUAAUUUUCUAUUCAACGCCCUUAAAAUCCCCUACCUUAGAUCCGGGCAACUAACUCAAUACCUGAUGCGUUUUCAAACAACUAAAACCCGCCAGUCUUCAUCUGGAAAUGGCGACCGCUGUCCCAAGCUCUUAAAGAAACGGCAAUAGAUUAUCAGGACUCCCAGCGAAAAAAUUGACAGGAAAUCUGAAAAGGAUUACGUGUCCGGAUAAGCGGUUUUGACGUUCACGUCCAAACGGCUCAAUAUUUUGAGCUGAAAUGUUUAUACACGGUAAAUACACCAUCCCUCUAUAUUUUGACGCUUAAAUUUCAUACGUACACAGACUUUUAUUCCUGAGACUUUGUUAAAAUCCGGAUGGUCCCUUUAAACCAAAUCACAUCAUUUGUAUUGAGCUAGCUUUUUUGACCAGAAUGGCAGUCGUUUGGCUAGAUCCAGUUAUAAAGGUCGCCUUUAGAUUUGGUCAAGGUUGCCUAUAUGUAAAUAGGGUUUGGGCACGUGCUUGUUGACGGGGAUGUGGGAUAGGGCUUGGUAUAGGAUUAGGGUUAGCACAAGCCUUGUGUCCAUCUCAUGACCUUUGACCAAAUCUGCAGAUGGUCUUAAUAAUUAAAUCUAACAGCAAUCGUUCGUUUAAAGCAAUCGUAUUAAAAUACGUAUCAUUUUGUUUCUGGAUAUGCGGUGGCUCAUAUCCAGGCGUUAGUCGAGAAGAUUCUUCAGGAUUUACCCAGUCUGGUCAGCCUUGUCAUUGAAGCGUGACCAGACGGCCUGACAAGAAAAAAAAAUCGGCAUGUGCUUUGGACAGGGCGAAAACCGACACCCAUCCGUAAUACCAUUGACUGUUGCAAGUUCGAGUCUUCAGUGUCCAUUCAUGUCAAUUUCAAUAGACGUACCAGAUGUACAUUUCAAUUCACUAAUAUUUCUGUUAGUAUUUCUUUAUAAUUGUCUCCCCUAUUUACAAACGCUAAAAGCUCUAGUCCCGAUUAAUAAGUGUCACCACUGGGACCGUACCCAUGUUUAUGGUUACUAAGACUUGGCUCAAAAAUUCAGGGUCUGUCUGUUGGAAAAUGGAGUACAAUGUUUCGGGUUUGCGAUUUUGUCUCGGUGAAGUAAAGUCGGCCCGGUAACAGCAAGGGUAGGACGUUGGCGCGCUAACCUGGCAUUCGGUGUUCGAUGCCUGCAUUGGCCAAGAAAGGUCUUAAUGAUUUCCAGGCAUGGUUCCUCCUUCUCAGUGGUACAGGGCCGAGAACGUAUAGUCGUUCGGAUGGGAUGCCAAACAGAGGUCUUAUGUGUACGUUAAUCAUCUCCUGACAGUUGGAAUUUGAUGUAAGUGUAGGUCGCAGCGCCCCUGCUCAGGUUAAAUUUCCCUCAUAGUACACUGCAUGGCGUAUGCCCAUUUUCGUUAGCCCAGUCGGAGCAGAACAGUAGGACGUUACAUUUUUAAUCAGGUGACGUCCGCAACGGUAAACACGGGUAUUGUGGGAUCCCUAUUCUAACCCUAAACCUCGCUGUAGGGUUAAUAUCCACCCGUGUCCAGUUAACAAUUCAUAUAUAAUCGUAUAAAUAACAAUCACAAAUAACCUGGUAUUUUUUCUGGUAUUUUGUCGACAGUUAAAACAUUUAUAUUUUGUAUUAUUAUAAAUGCUGUAUUUAGUACACUUGUUAUCAGGGGCGGAUCCAGGAACUUUUGUAGGAGGGCAAAUGUAUUUGCCCGGUACCCCUGAGACAAUGUAUUUUUGGGAGGGGUGUCUCGCUCUAUCCCCCACUCCCCCCGCGUACACACCUUGAAAAUUUUGGCGUAUAUACAUACCCCCCCCCCCCCCGAUCCGCCCCGUGUAUGUUCAAACACCCUACAGUUAAAACAUUUAUAUUUUGUAUGAAUGAAUGCUAUAAAUGCUGUAUUUAUUAGACUUGCAUGUUUAAUUAAAGGAGAAGACAUUCCUACAGCUAGAUGGUGCUUAUUAUAGAUACUGUUAUAAUAAAUAUUAUAAAAUUCA